UUUGUUUGACUAUGGCUGCAAAGCUUACUGAAGCUCUUCUUCUAUACCUUCUCUGCUUCAUACUCAGUGUGUCUAACAGCCUUCGCAUCUAUGGUUGCAAAGAAGGUGAGAGAAAAGCACUACUUAAUUUCAAAGCAGGGCUUAAAGAUCCUGGUGGACGAUUAUCGUCUUGGAUCGACCAAGACUGCUGCAUCUGGAGAGGAGUUCAAUGCGAUGACCAAACAGGGCAUGUUGUUCAACUUGAUCUUGGGAACAAGAUUCCUCUUCAUGACAUGUUUCAAUAUGGCAGACGUUCUCAGCCAUUGAAAGGUGAUCAUAUCAACCCUGCUUUGCUUGGCUUGAAACACUUGCAAUACUUGGAUCUGAGCAUGAACUUCUUUGGAGGUAUUCAAAUCCCUGCUUUCUUAGGUUCAUUCCAACAGCUCCGCUAUCUUGAUCUUUCUUGUGCUGGUUUUAGUGGAGUAGUUCCUCAUCAGCUUGGCAAUCUCUCAAGUUUGCAAUAUCUUGAUCUCUCUAAUGUAUUCUAUUUGCCUUGCAACCAUCUCCAAUUAGCAAGAAGUCAUUGGCUCUCAAAUCUUUCAUCUCUUCAGUACCUUAACUUGAAUUUUGUUGAUCUCUCCAAAGCAUCUGAUUGGCUGGAAUCACUAAAUACUCUGCCAUUAAUCUCAGAAAUAAAUUUAUCAAACUGCACUCUGGAGCUCCCUCUUUCUCUUGCACAUGUUAACUUCACCAAGCUUAAAGUUCUUGAUCUUUCUCGUAACUAUGUUCAUUCUGGAGUCCCACCUUGGUUGUUCAAGUUAAGAAGCCUGGAGAAUCUAGAUUUGAGUGACAAUGCUUUCAAAGAGCUUAUUCCAAGUGCUAUUGGAAAUUUAACAUCUCUUAGAGUCCUCAACCUUGCCAACAAUAGAGUCCUAGAAGGUGGAGUGCCACUGAGCUUAAAAAACCUCUGUUGCAUUAAAGAUAGUCUGGAGACACUGAACUGGAUUUCUAGUGAACUCAAGGGACAUUUUCCAAAUUGGCUAGGCAGACUCAAGUCACUCAAGAUGCUCAAUCUCUAUUACAACUCAUUUUAUGGUCCAUUCCUUCAACUCGGGCUUCAUUCUUUGAAAAAAUUGGAUAUUUCUCGCAAUACAUUGAAUGGAAGUGUCCCAGUAAAUUUGGGUCAACUAUAUCCUAAACUUGAGUUCUUGGAUUUUGCUUAUAAUAAUUUGACGGGUGUUUUGACCGAAGCUCACUUGGCAGGUCUUGCAAAACUUCAACAUCUUGGCAUUUCUGCUAAUGAAUUUUGGGUUGGUCUUGGUUCAUCAUGGGUGCCCCCUCUUGGCUUAAAGACGCUUCUCAUGUUUGACAGUAAAUUAGGACCAGGAUUUCCUCCAUGGAUUCAAAAGUUGGAGAAUCUCUCGGUUGCUGACUUCUCGAAUGCUGGAAUUUCAGACACUCUACCAGAUUGGUUUUGGAAUUUUUCAAAGAAUCUUCAACUUGUACGUUUAUCAAAUAAUGAUAUCAAAGGCAAGCUUCCGGUUUCAUUAGAGCAUCUCUCGGGUCUUCUGUAUGUUGAUCUGAGUGGAAACUCAUUUCAAGGAUCAGUGUCACAAUUUCCUGCAAAUUUGGAGUACUUGUUUUUGUCUUCCAACAAGAUAGCAGGAAGGAUCCCAGAAACUCUAUGUUAUCUGAAGAAGCUGGCAGCUCUUGAUCUCUCUAAAAAUCAACUUAUUGGUGAAAUUCCUGAGUGCUGGAAUCAUUCUUUCCAACCAAGAUUAUCCACUUUUGAUCUGUCCGACAAUCAAUUAUCUGGAGGUAUUCCUACAACCAUUUGUUCUCCAUCCUUGACUUAUUUGCAUUUGAGCAACAAUAAUUUGUCAGGAGAGCUUCCUUUAUCUUUGAGAAAUUGCAGAGCGUUGACGACUCUUGAUCUUGGCCAGAAUAAGAUAGGUGGAAGCAUACCAACUUGGCUUGCAAACAGCUUACUGAACUUGGAGGUUCUUCGACUCCGAUAUAACAUUCUUGCUGGCGAUAUUCCUCCUGAGUUGGGUAACCUUACCGGUCUUCGUGUCAUAGACUUUGCAUAUAAUUAUCUGUCAGGAACCAUACCAUACAAUCUCGGCAAUCUUAGAGCUAUGAAAUUUGCUCCUAAAAUAUUCUAUAACACUAAGGUUGCACUUGAGAUAUAUGAUAAAAUCUCCUUUGAUUUUGUUGACAGCAUGGAAAUUCUUUAUAUGGUAUCAAAUAAACUCCUCAUAGGCUACAUGGAUAAUGUCUAUGUGAAUUUGAAAGGGAGGGAUGUUCAAUAUGAUAAGCUGCUACCACUUCUGAUAUCCAUUGACCUCUCAAGAAAUGAGUUAUCAGGGGAGAUUCCUGAAGAACUAAUGUAUCUUUCUUAUUUGCAAAAUCUGAAUUUUGCUGGAAACCAUUUGACAGGAAGAAUCCCAGAAAAGAUGGGCAUGUUAUUGAAGUUAGAAUCACUUGAUUUAUCGAACAAUGAUCUUUCAGGUGCUAUUCCAACAACAAUGAUCAUGUUGUCUUUCUUAAGUCAUCUGAACCUAUCAUAUAACAACUUAUCUGGAAGAAUUCCACAGGGCGGGCAGUUUCUAGCACUUCCAGAUCCUUCUAUCUAUUUUGGCAACUAUUUUCUUUGUGGUUUUCCACUGGACAACAACUGCGAAGAUAUUUGAUGAACAAACUAGUGUACCAUACUCGAAUGAUGAAGAUGAGGUAGAGAAGAUAGGGUUCUACGUGAGCAUUUCCUUGGGAUACAAUCUUGGAUUUUGGGUUCUUUUGGGUGUGUUGCUACUCAACAAGAAAUGGGGAUAUGUGUAUUUUCAAUUUGUUGAUUAUUUACUCUUUGCAACUUGGGAUUGGCUUUGGAAAGGAAAGAACCGAUACUCUGUAGAUGUACAAAUAUGGUGCCGCUACUCACAAGCAUGUCAUAGUGUAUAGCUUGGUGAUAUGCCUAUCGUCAAAUAGUAUAAUGUAAAAUGACAUUAUAAUUUCUUUAGCCUUUCAUGUAGGCCAUGUGGGACAUGACUUGCCAUUAUCGUAUGGUCCUUUCUCUUUAAAUAAAAUGUGUGCUUUGUUUA